UAGUCGAUGGUUCUAAUUAAAGUGAGCAUAGCAUUUAACCCAAACAAGUCAGACUACAUCGAAGGUUUAUAGAGUGAGCAUAGUUUGGGCAUAUAGCAUGGCCAGAAUAAUCUGUCUGAAGGGCAAACAAAGUAGUGACUAAGGGCGGUGCUCAACCGGUUUGUUCGCGGCUGUUAUUACAAAUAUCCGGUUUAGAUUCGAAGAUCACUCCGAUGGGCCGCUGUGCAGAAACAGAACCAAUAAAAAUUCUUUCAUUUAAUGUGUUUUGAGCUUCAAACCUGAAUUCCACGUGCGAAUUAGGUGGCGGGAACCGAUUUGCAAUUCAAAUGUAUAUAGAAUCUUAGCCCAGCACUACCAUAGGGUUGACGUUUCCCUUGACCAGUGGAUUAGUACGAAACAGGAAACCAUUGUUUUGGUCGCGUAAAAAAGUUUCGCUUCUCAGUUUCAGUGCUGGUGCCGGUGCUGAACCUCAUCCCGCCUCAACCUGUACAAAGCAUUCGAUUGUUGCACCUUGUAAUGGUUUGAAGCUUUUUUUCUGGCAGGAGCACUAGUGGUGGAUUUUUGUCAGAUCUCGACAGAGAUACCACUUUGAAGUGACAGUUGCGUGAUUUGUUCGAACGCUUCGUUUACUACUUUCGUGAUUAACAGGUGAGGGUGUGCCGUGUCUCAAUUUUGAACCAUCUAAUUCAGUCUGCUCGAGGCUUUUGCACCGUAAACAAGUGAUCUGUGACAAGUGGCGCUAGAAAGCAUAGAUACUAAAAAAAGCUUUCAAGGGCGUGAUUGUGGACAACAUAUCGGUGGUUUGUGUCAAAAGUUGGCCGUUGAUCUUUGCUUCCUCCGUACGCGUACGGCUGCGGUGCUGCGGUGGUCUGAAUGAAAGUGAAUAACUGUUUUAAACUGUAGUAAACACAUGAUACCUUAGCCCGAGUUCGUGGCCGAGUGAGCUCAUGCGUUUUUUGGUAUGAAUAAAACAAAAGCCAGAGAAAUGAUUGUGCUGUGAGAUAUCUUGUACGAAAUGAAUGCCUUCACUUUGUCGUUACACCUGGCGCAUUACAGUUUGUGAAGCUAAAAACUACAAGCGCGAUUCGUAGCUGAAGGUAGAAAACAGAGGAGUUAAACAUUGGGCAAUUGAUGGGGUGUGCAAGCGGAAAGCAGACAACCUGAAAUUAAUAAAUGUAAACUACAAAUUAUGUCAAUUAGCAAUUUGGUCUCAUUGUGUACACAGUGUUGUAGACAGCCAAUGAACGCAACGUCAUGGCCGAAAGUUUUGAAGGAAAGUCAUCCCAUAUAUCAGCGAACCAAGCGGCCAUGCCAUCGUACGCGACGGACAUAACGCAUCGUUAUCCGACGUUUCGUGACGAACCGUUCAAGACCGUGCACAAUUGGCUGGACGGCAAGAGGUACGACGAUGGUGCCGAGGGCCUGUGGCGAAUAAAUGACGAUCUGUACGAUCUUGAAGAUUUUGCCCAUACGCAUCCAGGAGGCGCUGAGUGGAUCCAACUAACCAAGGGUACGGAUAUUACAGAGGCGUUCGAAACGCAUCACAUCAGUCGCCGGGCAGAGCUAAUGCUACCGAAGUUCUACGUCCGGCGGGCCACACAACCACGCAAUUGUAGGCUAACGUUUCACGAGCAUGGAUUCUAUCGAACGCUCAAGCAGCGUAUCAGGGAACAGUUGGGCCGCGUGAAUCCCGCGCCAAAGAAACGCUCGCGCCAGAUAGUGGAUGGACUGAUAGUGUGCGUGAUGCUGACCGCCUACCUAGCCGUCAGGCUAGAAAGUUUCGCCAUUGGAAUAGUUUGUGCCAUCUGCGUAAACGCAACCGUAAUUGCGGCGCACAAUUUUCUACACCAGCGAGAUAACUGGCGCAUGUACGCGUUUAACAUUGCGUUUCUUAGCUAUCGGGAGUGGCGUGUAUCGCACGCCAUUUCUCACCACCUGUUCCCAAAUUCAGUGCUCGAUAUGGAAAUUUCGUCGUUCGAGCCCUUCCUGUGCUAUCUACCGUGGGCGGAUCUUAAGAACAGCUUCCAGCGGUACGGUUCCUGGUUCUAUGGGCCGUUUAUAUACGGCUCGAUCUUUCUGAGCGAGUACCUCAAGCGGUUGAUGGAUAGCUUCAGCCAAGGGAAGAACCGGUUUCAUCUGGACGAUCUAAUUCCUUUCCUGCUGCCCGCCUUUAUGUACGCUACCAAUCCGGAACGCAUCGGUGUAAUUUUCCAACUGUGGCUGUUUGUGGUGUUGAUGGCCAGCUUCUUCUUUGGGCUUAUUGGACUGAGCGCUGGACAUCAUCAUCCGAAAGCACUGCAUUCCGGUGAUUUAUUUCCUAAUGAUAUGGAUUUUGGACUCUACCAGAUGGCCACAAUUGUAGAGCGAAGAGGUGUGGAGGGAUCGUUGUUGAAAGUGUUAACCACCUUCGGUGAUCACUAUUUGCAUCAUCUCUUUCCGACACUCGAUCAUGCGAUCUUGCCACAGCUGAAUGAUGUGUUUCUGGCUACGUGUGAAGAGUUUGGUGCGGGCAAACGGCUCAGUUCGUGGUUUUCGCAGUAUAUUGCACAAAAUUUACAACUAGCUCGUGUGCAGCCCAAACAAUAUCAGCCAGAAAUGAUGGCUAAUAGGGGAAAGACUAAACAUGAUCAGCGUGCAUAGUAUAAGGAAUAAAAAUGCGCAUUGCUUCAUCAUUAUACUAUUAACUUGGGUUACACCAAAGGAAAGGUCGUAAACUAUGCAUAUGCGGAAUGAUUCAUAGCUGUAAUGUUUUUAGUCCCAAAACGACUUUAUUAAUUUUGCUGCUUAUUAUUUGCUACGGGAAAUACGGGUGACUAGAAUAUCCCAUUGAAGAGUGUAAAAUAAAGUGAUAACUUACAAUGAAA